UACGAGAGGGGAGGAAACGGUCCCCGACGUUCAAAUCCACGAAUCGAGAAAGCUCGACACCGGUAUUGGCCGUUCGCCUCUCCCCCUACACAGUCGGAAAACGUCGCGGCCACAGACACUCCACUCAGGUCCCAUGAUAAGUAGUCAGUCGUCAGAUCUUCGCGCGCGUUUACCCUGUACGGACACCUCGACGUUCCUCGUCGUCACUUCUGCCGGUGCCAUCGACCUCGUUACAUGUCGUUCGGCACAGGAAGCUAUAUAGGUAUAUACACACCUGAAGCGCAGCGGUCGAGUCGUAGCUCGAUGCGAAUUAGUCGGAAGCAGUGUGGCUGUCUUUUUUUAAACGCACGUAUAUCUUGUCAGCAGCCAGUCACCCGGAUGAGGCUCGAGAAUGAACGCUGCAGCCAAGGAUCUCUCCAUUCUGUCGUACAAGGAGUUGCAAGCGCUGGCCGUGAAGCAUCGGGUACCCGGUAAUAUAAAGAAACAAUACCUCCUUGAAAUUCUUCAUGCAAUCAACAAACGAGACAGCACAGAAGUAAGCAGGCUACUUUCUGAUCUCAAAAAGAAUCGUAAAAAAAGGACCAAACGUUUGAAGAUGAUGAAAACAGAGGAUGACAGAUCCUUACAAAUGAAUCUGCAAAAUAAUUCCCCAAAUCUUCCUCUAUUGCAGGAUCAUUAUUUGUUUCCUGGACAGCAACAACAACAAUAUCAAUUCCAAUGGUUAAAUGCUCCGCAGAUAGGAGCAGAAGAAGAAAUUGGAACGAGUAAGUUUGAUGAUUCGAGGUGCGCUUUAAGCUACAAUGAUUUUCAGCAAUUGGUUCUCUACACCUCUCAAAAUGUGUAUGGUAACUGCGAUACCAACAACAAUUCUACGCUUUUAGAUGAAAUCAUGGACCUCAGAACUGAAGCUACAGUAUCCAAUUAUCGAUCGAAUUUGGAUGUUACUCAUUACAGUAAUUCUGGUCAACAGUCCAUAAUACAACAACCAGCUAAUGAUAAUGCAAGCAAGAAGAUGUCUCUAUUAUUAAAAAAAAUGCUGCAAGCUCCAGCUGGAGCUAAUCUAGGAGAAAUUGCAAGCCCUGUAUCAACUUGGAAUUUGGAUACGUAUCACGUGAGAGAACAGUCCCCAGACAACUCGGAAACCAUGACAGCGAAAUCCGACAUAAACGAGAACGACGAGAUGUGGCAGGACUGCGUGACGGGCACGGGCUUACCAUAUGUCUUCGAGAACGAGCAGAGCUACACGGACAAUCCGUACUACAGGCGUAACAACAACGCAUCGUACUAUAGAUCGCCUUUAGACAACGUUGCUGAGCAAAGCUCUUUGGCCAGCAACCAGUAUCAAUUCAACUACGCACCGCAAACUGACCCUCAGGAAAACUGUCGGAGUUGGCUAGCCGCGACGGCCCUUGACGCAUCCGAUGCAAUUGAGUACGGUGCGAACUCAAGGUUUAUGAUUUCUGAUACGACUCUUCAGUAUCAAAAUUCUAACAAUCUUGAAAUUUCAAAUCUCAGUCCAGAAGACUCGAAUAAUAUUGUUCAACAAAACAAUCAAUACUGCUUGACCGAUUCGCUGUACGGGAGAACAGAAAAUAACAAUCUUCUAGAGUCAAGCGAGAUAACGCCGGACUUGAAUCCAAACGCAUCUCCCUUCUACCAACACUCGACGAGCCUAAUCAAGAGCCGAGAUCCACCUGACUAUUACCAACAAAUCUGUGGCACCACCGAAUCGUCAGGGUUCGGGCAGAGCUUCUAUGAGCCGCAGCAAAAUCAACAGUCAAAUCAGCAACAGCCAGCGGGCAAUCAAAGCCAGCACUGCUCCGAUUACUCGCAGCAAUUGGUCGCGCCAAUCUAUCACGUGGAUCUCGACAACGGCGCGUACGGUACACCCGGGCACUAUCAAGAGCUGCAGCCACAGCAGCAGCAGCAGUCGAGCGCAACGUCUAAUCAUCCGACGGCCGAUCCGCUGCAACAGGUGCAGGCGCCGUCACAGCCACAGCCGCAGCAGCCGAGUCAGCAAUACGACAGCUAUGCUCCGCCGGCAUACAUGCAGACCAACCCACCACCAUACGGUUCAGGAGUAUUAGAUAGCUACUGGCCUCGCUGGUCGUAUAAAGAUCAAGACGUUAUAUCUCAGCGCAUAGGAGGCCGUGUGUUAGAAAACACUUUAAACAUUUGUACACCGAAUUAUGUGGACUAUGAAAAAUUAAACGAAACGUGCAGCGUCUACAGCAACACAGCACCAGUAAUGACGUUGCGCAAGGGCAUAAAUUCCGCGAUUUCGAGCCAGGAGAUGAGGAACGGCAGUGCCAGCACCAACAGUGAGUUCAGACAGCAUAAUUUCUCUUCAAAUUGUCUACUGUAUAACGAGGACGGAGCUGAACUUAUCAGGAGAAAUUUGACGCCACCUAUCAGCUCUGCAGACACCGGUUACUUUUCGUUAACGCAGGAAUCGGACGCAGAGUACAUUUUAUGAUUGAGUUUAUUCAAGAUAGCGAAGAAAUAUUAACCUGAUUCUAACGUGCUAAUUCAGAUAAUUAGUAUUAUUAUCUUCACAGUUUCUAUUGAAUCGACUCUCAUAAAAGAUCUAAUAGUAGGAAAUAAUUUAAUCGUGUGAUUUCAUCGCGCUGCCAAGACUAAGUUAUUUUUUGCAGAUAGUAUAAGUCCUACGUCACUUUGUAGGUUUUCGUUUACUUAUGAUAUUUUUUCUUUGAGAUUAUACGGGAAUUUUUUUUAAUGAAUAUUUAGCAGUGUUAGCUGUGGUGUUAGAUUUACAGUGAGGUUACAGUAAUCGGAUAUCAUUCAACAUAGAAAAACAUGUCUUUUCGUGUGAUUCUCUAUGGUUGUAGUAUAGGUAUACGUACUGCAAGCUGGGUUUGUAUAAUACGAUUAUUACCUAUGCACCAAAUGAUACCUGAAUUUUUAUAGAUUUACAAUAUUUUUUGUACCAAGUAUUCACAGAUGCUAACAAGAAAAGUUACUCGAUAAAUUUUGUUAUCGUUAUCAUUUCUGAUUUUAAAACUUUACAGUUGAUUAUGCCUUAACAGCUUAAGUAACAAACAAAUCAAUAUUUCCUUUUCAUACUGUGCAGUAUAUGAAACGAAUUAUCUAUAUGUAAAACAUCACUGUUACAGAUUAAAUUAUUUUAAUCGCGAAACAUCAGAAGUUAAUAAUGACCAAUUGAGUCUUCUAUGUGCCUAUAAGUACAUCUGUAUAUAUUACAUAAUAAGUGAAUAACUAAAUAAGCAAAACAAGAAAAGAGUCUGACUAUGUUAGUACGAACCAUCAUCUUAAGGAUGUUUGUAUUUUUAUGUAUGUAUACAUACGCUCAUACAAAAUGAAUCUCCUAGUCGAGGAUUUUCAGACUUGUAGAGUAUAGCAUAUAAACGCGUAGUAAUUAUAUAUUAUUUAAAAUGUAUCUUUUGUACCCGAUUCAAAAGUUUUCCAAUAGAAUAAAAACGAGUUCCUAGCAUUGCUGUUUAAACAAAGUAAACAUGUGUAAGGUAAUAAGCGUGCCUUAAAUAACUAUCAUGCAUCAAAAGUAGCGCUUGUUUCGUGCAAAGAAGGCAGGCGUACCAUAAAAAGUUCCUUCGUAAAUAAUUGAAAAGAAAAGCCUUUGUCGAUUGUGUAGUAAAUUGUAUACUGAAAAACAUUUGCUCACGUUAUCACUCACAUUCCAAGCAACGAAGUUACAGCGGUUGUAUUUAAUUUUGUAUCAUCAUACAAACUUCGACGAAUAUUUUACGGUUAAUAAAAUUUUUCUUAAAAAA